CACUUUGAGGUGGUGCGUUGAUGUAGGAGGGAAGCUGCAAGGAAGCAGGACCUUCCUGUCCCGGCCUUCGCCAUGAGCUUUGAGUGGCCCUGGCAGUAUAACUUCCCUCCUUUCUACACACUGCAGCCAAAUGCUAACACCCAGCAUAAGCAACUGGCAGCAUGGUGCUCACUGGUGCUCUCCUACCUGCGUUAUCACAAGCUCUAUACUAUUGAUGUAUUGGAAGCCCAAGAAAGCCCUCUCUUCCACAAUAAGAAGAUCCAGCGCAAGUUUCCCAUAGAAGCUAUCCAAGUUGUAUUAGAAGAACUCCGGAAGAAAGGAAACUUAGAGUGGAUUGAUAAAAAUAAAACUCGCUGUCUGAUAAUGUGGAGGAGACCAGAAGAGUGGGGGAAACUUGUGUAUCAGUGGGUUUCAAAGAAUGCCAUGACAAACUCUGUUUUUACAUUUUAUGAACUCUCCAAUGGAGAUGACACUGAGGGUGAAGAGUUCCAUGGUUUGGAGGAAUGGCUUCUGCUACGGGCACUACAGUCUUUGCAAUCUGAGCGAAAGGCAGAGAUCUUCACCCUUAGUGACAGCAAAGGCGUCAAGUUCUUCUGAUGACAUCCUUGUUCAUCUGAGCAGCUGCUGGAGACGUACACGUUGUGUAUGGAAUGAAGAUUUUACAGUUAAUGGCAAUGAAGACUAGCCCUCAAGGAAGAGUGUAUUGGAUUACAGAUCUCCAGAUACGAGACAACACAGUUGUCAUGACAUUGACUUGUUUGUUAUGCACGGUCUGGCUGCUUGCAAUUGCAAUCUCCUUUUCAUUCUUCAUCUAAAUAAUCUUAAAACUAUUAUAGUUCCAUGUACUGAGUGGAAAAUGCAGCAUUACUGAUUGCACUGUACUGAUCCCUGUGUGUGCCAACAGAGAAAAACAUUCAAAAGCAGAAUACUUCCACAUAGGCGACCAGUACAGGUACAGCCUUAAAGGUUUACAUGAGGGAGUUCAAGAUGUUGCAAACUCACAAUAAUAAUUUUCCCCAGUUGCAAUUAUGCCAGGUCACAAAUAAAGUUAAAUUAAUUAAAAUGAUUUGCAAAAGGGGCCCUCCACCCCCCUUAGCGUAACUUCAAGAAGCCUGUCAACCUGAUCUUGCUCGGGGACAGUGACAGUGAUUAGUUUGUCGACUACUCAUUCCUUAUGAGUAUUCUUCAAUCUGUAUAUCUUUUCUAUUUAAGCAGUCUGUUUAUUUUCUAUAGGUAUCUUAUAAAGCAUUAGGUAGCAGGGAAUCCUCUGCUGAUACUGAGAUUUAUGUAUGCUUGCAUUGCUUUGAAAAGUUGCAGGUUUUUAUUGGUGUAUAACACUUGUAAUUAGCCAGUAUAAAAGAUAAAAAUAAUGAAUGCAAAAUGCAACAUUGCUGGCAAUGGAACACAGACCUCAUGAAAGUGCUAAGCAUUCAUAAUGACCAUACAUUGCAAAUUUGAUUGUGCUGGGUGGUUGCAGCCUAGGAUAAUACCUGGGGUGGAAGAAAUGGAUCCAGUCCCUACUCAAAUUACACAGAGCUAGAAUUUUCCAUGGUUGAUGGAUUACAUCAAGCACCACAACAGAAUAAUAUAUAACUAUCAACCUUAGAAUUAUUUUUGUCUUUCCAAGAUUUCUCCUUUUUGGUGUUCAAUGAUUUAACCUCUAUUGCAUCCCACCUCCACAUCCCCAAAAAAUAACUGUUUGCAGUACUGAGAUUUUGGUUUGAUUGUUAUAUUUUGCAAUUUAAAUCAACGUGACGUGAAAAUAUUAAUAUUUGACAGGAACUUUCUAAUUAUCUCAAUUAUUUGCUCUAGAGAUGGGAUUACAGUAGUGGGAUUUUAUGCUGUGAAUUCUUGUCCUCUCCAGACACUUGAACUCAUAAUCUGAUACUUCAGUGCAGUGCUGAGGGACAGCUACACUGACCUUUUGGUUGCAAUGUUAAACCAAGGCCCAGUCUACUUUCUCAGGUGGAUGUAACUGAUCCCUAUUCCAAGAAGAGCAGCUGGUGUCCUGACCAAUAUUUAUGACUCAACCUAAGAGACAUAAAAAAAAAAAUCUGGGUAAUUUAUCUCAUUGCUGUUUGUGGGAGCUUUCUGUGUGCAAAUUGGCAGCCAUGUUUCCUACAUUACCACAAUACUUCAAAAGGCUGUCAAACGCUUUGAGAUGUCCUGAGGUCAUGAAAGGCGCAAUGUAAUUACAUGUCUUUAUUUUCUUUUAUCAAAGGGCUAGCUUUAUAUACAUGUAACAGGUUUAAAGUGAGGGAACCACUCCAAUCGGUUGUGAUCAGCUUUUAAUUGGAACCUGUGCAAAUUGGUCCACGUAGUCACUUAUGUCCCUUUAUUGUUGACAUGUUUUGACGGUAACUCAAAUAUAGGUGCUGAUUGAUGAAAUGUGAUUGGUCAACAAGAUUUUUUAAGUAGUUUCUUUAAGAAAUCAAUUUAAAUUCUGCAGUUUAUGACCAAUUGUACAGAAUGGUAGCUGAUUCGCACAGUACUUCUAUACUUCAAACUUUGCUUCUUGUUAAAGUCAGUUCUGAGGUAAUUAAAAAUAAAUUUAAAAGUUCUCUCAAA